AAGCCACAAAAAGCGGAAAAUUCGGAAAAAGUUUGUUGAAAUUUACAAAAACGGCCUCAAGAAAAGGAUAAUUACCUAAAAGUAAUCAUCUAGUGAGUUAGUAGGAAAGAAGGCAGUUUAAAAACGAAAAAGUGCACACACCGGCAUCCUGCUGGUCGGCGUCUCCAAAAAAAUGUCGCUUCCACUAGACGCGGGGGAAAUUCUCACGCAUUUAAAUCAACUCGGUUAUCGUAAUGUAACUGCAGAACAGCUAAAAGAGUUUCAAAAAGACCUGCAAAAACUCAUCAAAUUCGACACUCAAAUUUACCGCGGACAUCCGGAUGCACCACCGGAAAAUGUGUUUGAACGGUUACACUCCGAGAAAACUAUCAGCUACCGGGCAAAGCAGACCCGAGCCACUAAAAAGACUGACGUGAUCGAUUCCUCCGACAAGGAGAACCAGGCGGAAGCCACCAACAAGACUGCUGCUGCUGCAUCUGCUAGGUCUAAGGACGACAAAUCUACCAAAAUGUGGAUACGACCGAAGAGUAGCCAAUCGUUUCGACGAAGUGACCCCGUUGCACUGUAUCACUCGUAUCAAAAAGACUGGAACAAAUUUAAGCUCCCCGGAGAGAACGAUCACUCAGAGCUGCGCUGGAAGAUACGGACCAAGCUGUUGGGAGAGUGACGGAUGGAAAACGAACUCCGUGACGAUUCUAUUUCAUUAAUAAACUAUGACACUUUUAUUUGUCGU